GCGCGCUCAGUCCGCUCCGGGCGGGAUGGCGGCCACGGCGGCAGCUGGGAGCGGGACGUCCGGGGAGGAGGAGGAGGGGCCUGGUGGGGAGUCAGCGGCUUUACAGCCCCAAACCCCAGCGAAUGCACCCGGAGCUCGUCUCUCCAGGCUGCCCCUGGCGCGAGUGAAGGCCUUGGUGAAGGCGGACCCCGACGUGACGCUAGCGGGCCAGGAAGCCAUCUUCAUUCUGGCGCGAGCAGCGGAGCUGUUUGUGGAGACCAUUGCUAAAGAUGCUUACUGCUGUGCUCAACAGGGAAAGAGGAAAACCCUCCAGAGGAGAGAUUUGGAUAAUGCAAUAGAAGCUGUGGAUGAAUUUGCUUUUUUGGAAGGUACUUUGGAUUGAUUGCUGAGCUGGGCUGUUUUUUGAGCCUUCACUGCAUUCUUCAGCUUGUCCCGUUCUGCAUCAGCUCUGAAGAACAGAGUCUUCACCAUCCUCUGUUCUAUGUUUACCUAAUCUGGGAUAAGCGGAUAUUUUUCUCCAUAAGGUCUUCCACUACUUAUGUCUGUCUUCCACUUCAGGCCUGGAUGUAGCUGCUGCAGCAUGGGGCAGAGAUGAAGAAACUGUUCUGCUAAGUGGUUUAAUGAAUGAUUUAGACCAGAAUAAAGGUCUUUGAUCGACUUCA